CGGUCGAAUCGGCUUGAGAGACGCACAUCCGCGUUCGUUUAACAUUUACAAAUCAAUUUAUACUUAAAAAAACAAAAAACAUAGUGUAGUUUUAAAAUUUAUAGUUUACGUAAAACAAAAUUAUUUCUUAUUAACUAACAAACAAAAAUAAAGAUCAAAACUAUAAUAAUAAAUAUUAGAAUAAGUAUUUAAAUUCUCAUUAUUUUUUUUUAAUAUAAAAUGGUGUUCAGUGAAAACCUAUCGAAGUGAAUGGUGUUAUGUGAUAUUAACAAAGCAUAGAUAUAUUCAUAGAAAAAAUCAACUUAAAACUUAAAGAUUAAAAUGUUUCAAUACGAAUUUGAGAAGAGACCCGCAUCGGCACACUCAUGUGAGAGCCAGGCCACCGUCAGUACUGAUUGGAGUCGAAGCUAUAUGGAUCGCCAUCAUAGAAUGACAUCAAGACCUUUACCGCCGCGACCGAUUCACGAUAGAAUACCGGUCAAACCGACUGUCCCGUUGAAGGUGUGGAUCGUUGCGAGCGCGUCAUGUUUCGCGGUCUGCGCGGUCCUGGUCCUCGCAACUGUGGUGGUCACGAGAUGGGGAACCAGCGAGUACACAGCCCGAGAGAUUCAUUCACAUGAACCGGAGCCUAUAUAUUCGGAGAUUUAUUCAAAAUCAAAACAAAACACUGAAGAAGUUACCGCAGAACCGCGCUUAGACGAAGACAACGAAUUGCCGAUACUAGAAAAACUAUCGUUUUUCAAAAACAUUGUAAAUAGAAACAGGAAUGUUGAUUUGAAGUCUAAAGCGCAAAUUCAGCCGAUACACGAAGCAAUCGAACACAAAGAGCGUAAAAUCGAGAAGAAAGAUAAACCCAAGCCACCUAUCAACUACGAUUUGAAUGACAUCAACAAUGAUAAUGACAAUGACUUGGCUGCCACCGAAACGGACGCAUCUGAAAAAUUAUUAGAAUCCGAAGAUAAUAACUUUGCACCGAUAAGUUUUAAUAAGAAGACGGACAGACGCAUCGAAACCUUACGCGCUAAAAACAAUGACGUGUCUUCGUUUGACGUUAACGCUAUCGAGAGAGAAAUAAAGAAUAUAGGUGAUACAAUAGUGCCAGAAUUCAAGCCGUUAAACUCUGAGGUUCUAAUCAAGAAAGUCAAACUGCCUGUUAGCUAUUUAGAGACACUAAGAACUGAAGUGGACUACGACGAAUAUUACAAUGAUAUAAACCUUUACGAUGACUACAUGCAAAGCAACACAAUGACGAGUUAUUUAAUUGAAAAAGUUCAAGAAUUGCACAGUUGGCUAACAAAAGACUCCGAUUUUGAUGUUAUCAAAAAUUCGACUAAGAACAGAAAUGAUUUCGGCGAAGUUUUAAAAGCUCUGAACGAAAGUCUGAUCGAAGGGAACGCUAGCGUUGUCCUUAAUAAGCUGAAGGAAAUUUAUUUCGGUGAAAAUUUCACUAUUGGAGUUCACGGCAGGAGAUCGAUGCUGGGGAAUGAAACUGACUUACUAUCGUUUGGCAUUUUGAGUUUAGACGUAAUGCUGCUACACAAUAUACAGACCAUGGCUUGGGAGAGUCAGGAAACGGCCCGUAUAAACAUGAUGAAGGAUCCAAACGUUUUCGCUUUCAACGCCCUCUUCAUGGACCCGAGUAAAGUCGAAGCCAAAAUGAACGAGCAAAAUCAACCGUACGACGUAUAUCCAAAACGUCAAAACAAAUUGACACCUGCCGACGACUAUGGUUUUGGAAAAAAUCUCUUUGAGAACAUUCUCGAGAUCGGAAUGGGCACGUCCCGAGCUGCCAUACAUUUAGGAAGAGUUUACAAGAAUACACGGUCAGUCUUAAACCAAAUGUCGAAUAAAGAGAACACGCCGGUGUUGCCAAGGAACAUAGACGAGAACACCCACGCGCUUAAUCGUCUGCAGAGUUCGUAUAGUAGAAACGGCAGUGUUGCCAGCUCGGACGGUUUCUACACGGAGCUUGACUGCGUUUGGUUGUUGUACUGUAGGAAUCUCGCGGCGACAUCUAAACUUAACCCUCCUUACGGAACUAUGGCUCGGAUUAACGGGGUCGCCCUCCGGAUGCUUGCUGGAGAACUGUCAGGUGAUAAAGCUUUAGACACGAUGCUGUACGAAGUGUUCGCGGGCUGGACCGAGUUGAAGUGUGACGACAUGUUCCCCAAAUGCAGCAAAGUCAAUGCGGCCUCAGUCGUAUUGGAAACAAUAUUACAGCCGGCGAAGAAAACACAGUAGUUUCGAGGCCGAUGAAAAAACAAAAUUUUACUACUAAAAUGGUAGUUUUUUUUACUGACUUGCAAUACUUUUUUGUUUGUUCUUUUUUUGAAAUGUAAUUUUCGUAUUUGCUCGCUACUAUUGAAAUUCCAUUUUAAUCUAUCAUGUACAAUAUUGUUUGUUGUUAAAUAUUAUUGAAGCCGUUGUCUGUCUGUAGUAAAAUUAAAUUUAAAGGUUAAGAAAUAGUUUUAAUGUUUUAUAAGUACAUGGUUGGAGCUAUCUGACUUAGCUGUAUAAUUUUACUAUGUUAUAAUAUUUUAGAAAUGAUUAUAUUAUAUCUAAGAGAAAAUCAAGGGGUAACAGAAUUUUAUUAUUGUCAAUGUCAAUGUCAAUAUUAAUGUCAGACGUUUCGAAUACUUUACAGUUUCGCUGACGUACGACGAUCAGUUAGUUAAAUCGUUGUUUAUAUUUUUUUAACACGUUUCUUGGCUUUACAACCCACCGGAGAGCCUGGCAUUACUUAUACUAUUCCGGAAUCAAAAUCAGGGAAUCAGGGAAUCGGUAAUUUGUUAUCAACUUGAGAUUUUCAUUCUAAAGAUUUUGGUAUAAUAUACGAAAAUUAGCGCGGAUGAUAAAAAUUGCAGGAUGACUUUUACCAUCUAGUUUUAAAAGGCUCAAGGAUGACCCUCAUCGCCCGAAUGGUUCAGUAAGAUCAGACUCACCGGUGAGCACCGUGGCUCAAAUGAAAAUACUCGAUUUCUCAUAUGGCGUUCAAUGUGUUAAAAAUGACAAAAGUUUAAUAUGAACUAGGUUAUUCUUGCAGGCGCACUUCUGCAGCCGUGAAAAGCUUGGCCUAGCCCAGUUUGGUUUAGUUUAGUGCGUUUUUUUACAUAUUUUGUAUUUUAUCGAAUGAUCGCGCGACAAGUCGUCGUGGCCUAAAGGUUAAGACGUUCGGUGCAUUCGUAUGUAGCGAUGCACCGGUAUUCGAAUCCCGUCGGCGGGUAUCAAUUUUUCUAAUGUAAUACCUACUUAAGAAAUGUUCACGAUUGACUUCCAUGGUGAACGAAUAACAACGUGUAAUAAAAAUCAAAUCCGCAAAAUUAUAAUUUGCGUAAUUACUGGUGGUAGGACCUCUUGUAAGUCCGCACGGGUAGCAGGGUGGUCCCUGCCUAAUUCUGCCGUGAAGCAGUGAUGCAUUUCGGUUUGAAGGGUGGGGCAGCCGUUGUAACUAUACUGAGACCAUAGAACUCAUGUCUCAAGGUGGGUGGCGGCAUUUACUUUGUAAAUGUAUAAUAUGGGCUCCAGUAACCACUAAACACCAGGUGAGUUAUGAGCUCGUCCACCUAUCUGUGCAAUAAAAAAAACAAGGACUCAUUACUUACGACCUCAUGUCCGCUGACCUCACAGUAGAUGCGACUUUGACCCGGGUCGAAGCUCUCGUCAGGAAUUUGUACAUGAAGCAAUGACUGUUAUAAAUAAGUACCUACACGCAAAUCGUUUUAGGAUUUAAACAUACUUUAUUGUCACAAAUUAAGGAAUUAAGUUUGUUUUUAAAUCUUAAUAAAUAUUCAUGUAGGUACCUACAUUUUUAUCUACUAAUAAUAUUUAUCUUUAAAGUAAGUAGUUAGUCUAACAUAUUUGUUUGAGCUAUACUUAAAAUCGCAAAUUCGCGUAUGGAAAAACUGAUCAAAUUUAAUUGUAUUUAGAUUAUUUUUUUCUCUAAGCACCUGUCCUUUUUGUGUAUACUGUGACAUUGGCAAAAUCAAUGCCUAAGACGUUGGAACCAUUUAUAUAGAAAAAAAGAUACCUAAUAAUAAAUAAGAUACCUACUUUUUAUAGACUGAAAAAAUAUACUUUAAAUGAUU